CGAACUGUUGUUUCAUUUCUCAAAACAUAAUAAAAUAAUAGCUUUAUUCCACGUAAGACGCGGAUCUUAUCCUAGUUAAGCUUUAAUUAGGAGGAAGGAAAGGACUUCUAUAAAUUGCAAACAGAGAUGAAAAAGCGAAAGAGGACUCUUUCUUUUCUUCUUACCCGCUAUAAUGCGCACAUCUCCGUCCGUGUUUACUAUACUACGCCGGUCUCCGUCUUCGCCUCUCUAUGUCUGAUCUUCUACGUCUCCUACACACAUUCCAACAACAACUUUGUCUGAAUGUGUAAAUCCAAAAAGGGCGUAAAUGCUUCAGAGCCAACCCGAACACGAUCGCAAAGAAAACAUCAUCACUCCACAAAACGAUCUUCGUCAACAAGCACCACCGAUACAACAACAACGAACACAACAACAAGCUCAAACUCCAACAAAACCGCAUCCACCUCUUCAUCAAUCACAAGCCGAACAUCCCUCGCUAGUCUCCGACAAUCCUUACCCGAAAACCCUCACAUAUACGACAUCUCCGAGAUCCGCACCGCCACCAACAACUUCCUCGCUCCCCGCUUAUCUUCCUCCUCCUCCUCCUCCAAAGCCUCGUGGCGAUGCACUCUACGCGGGAAAGAGGUCGUCGUCUUCCAAAGAAAAUUCCGGCGAAAAAUCGCUAAAGACGAACUCAAAGAACGUCUCUCAGAUAUCUGCCGUAGCCACCACGGAAGCAUCAUCAAUCUCCUCGGCGCCUCUGUAUCCGAUCACAUCUACUUAGUCUACGAAUACGUCAACGGAGCCUCUCUAGCCGAUUGUUUAAGAAACCCUAAGAACCCUAACUUCACGGUCUUAUCGAGUUGGACCUCGAGGAUCCGAAUCGCGACGGAUCUAGCUCACGGACUCGAUUACAUCCACAACAAAACGGGUUUAAAGAUCGAGAAUCUUGUACACAAUCAUAUAAAGAGCUCGGCGGUGAUCGUGACGGAGCCGGAUUUCAACGCGAAGAUCUGCCACUUCGGAACCGCGCAGCUCUGCGGGGAGACGACGGAGGGAACGAGAGAUUCGAGAGCCGUUAGAUUCGAGGGAGUGAGGGGAUACAUGUCGCCGGAGUUUCAAGCUUCCGGGGUCGCUACUCAGAAAUCAGACGUGUUUGCUUUUGGAGUUAUGUUGCUUGAGCUUCUCUCAGGGGAGGAGCCGUUGAAGUAUAGGUAUGAGAGGUUAACAGGAGAUUUCGAGCGGAGUUCGGUGAUUGAGACGGCGAAAGAGGUGGUUGAUGGUGGUGAUGUGGAGGGAAGGUUGAGGAGGUGGGUGGAUCGGAGAUUGGGGGAUUCGUUUCCGGUGACGGUUGUGGAGAAGUUGAUGAGGCUGGCGUUGGAGUGUGUGGAGGAUGAGGCGGUGAACAGGCCGGAGAUGGGAAGAGUCGCCGGAAAAAUAUCGCAAUUGUAUUUGGAGUCGGAGAAAUGGUCGGCGGGUGUGAAACGGCCAACGGAUAUCACCGUGUCAUAUGCUCCUAGAUGAGGAGGAAUGUGGCAUUCGAUUUUAUUUUCGUUUUUUUCAUAAUUUGUAUAGAAAAAUAUUUGGAGAGAUAACAUACCGAAAAUUAUAAUUAAUCACAUAACAAAAAAAUAUGUUCUAAUGUUUUGUGUAUAAACUAAACUAUAUCCCAU